AUGCAGCCAUCCCCCAUGCUUCUGGCUCUGCCAAAUGAGUUGCUUGUCGCCAUUUACGACUUCUGUAUACCAGUGGACCGCUGCGAUGAGAUGCAUCGGGAGAUUCAUGCGUUGAGACUGACGUGCAAGACGCUGGAGAGAGCCGUGUUCCAAGAAUUCGGCAGAUUCUUCAUCCACAAGGUGUUCAUGCUUACAGAGCACAGCCUUGACGUGUCCGUUAACAUUUCGAAGUCACGCUUCGCCCAGUUCCUCAGCCAUGCCUCCAUCGCCAUCAGCCACUUUACCCAAAAGGCCCAGCCCCUCGAAGACGUCGGGUUCUCCAAAGACUUCGACUUCCACACACGACGCAGUCGUCGCCAGAAGGUGUGCGACGCCCAGGCCGAGCUGCUGGAAUCCGGCCUGGACGUUGUUCUAUUGGCCAAAGCAUUCGCCAACCUAGGCUACCUGAAGGUCAUGCAAAUCCGCCGUGAGGAAUGGGUGCCGCUGGCGGAUAACAAAGACAGCAAGUUUGCGGCUUGCUGCUUUACGAAGGUCCUUGCAGCCCUGAAGUUGGCCGAAGCAUGCCCCAAGACACUGGAGCUCCAGGUCCGCCGCAUUUCUGACCUUGCUUUCGAGACAUCGUCAGAGCCGGAGCCGGUCCUUUCGGCUAUCGGUGACUUUCUCCUUGAAGUGGAGAGUUGUCAUUCGCAAUAUGGUGUAGAGGCCCUCGAGGGGAGCGCCAAGUCUCCCGAUGAGACACGACGUACGCCUUCAGACGCUUUUUGCACAAGUUCCAAAACCUCGAAUAUCUGGGCCUCGACAAUGCGUUCAGCGAAGCAGCCACCCUUCUUCAAGUGGCUGGCUGCGCCCGUGUCGACACGGCAGAGUGAGGCUCAUGGGCCACCAUCCCCCGUCGAAUUUCGGCACCUUCAUCAGCUGAAUGUUGGAGACAUCACGGGUUCAAGUGGGUGGGCGGUCUCCACUGCCGUACGACCAGAAGACUUGCUAUCGCUCAUUUCCGAGCACCAGUCGACAUUGCGUGUUCUCAACCUCUCCGUCUCUCUGUACAAUUUCGAGAACGAAAAGUUUGAGGAUCAGAUGCCGAACAUGUGGCAGCCCUUUCUGCGAGAUCUGGUCUCUGUUCCCAUGCGUUUGGAGUCCAUCACCAUAUUUGAGCCGCGUCAGCUUGUUCAUAACCACUACUUCGAUGGCAGGGUCUUCCUUGGGCAGGCGCAAGAAGCCACUGCGGCCGUGAUACAAGGCGGUUAUACGGUGGCCCACGAUGGCACCGACACUAUGGACUUCAUCCAGGCCUUGGCCGAUCAAGCAGUAGUGGUCAAGAGGGGGGAUGUUUAUGAUAGCAACGAUAACGAGUUUGAUACUUUCUGA